AUGGGUUGUGUGUCGGGCAAGCCCAGCAAGGAGGAGGAGGCGCGGGAGCGGCGAGAUAGGGAGGUUCUGGCGCCCCCUGAGCGCGGUGACGAGUGUCACUUUCACAUUCAGCGGGAACCGCGGGGGAACCGAUUCAAGUUCCUGAAGGGCGGCGGCGACUUCAACGGUGAUCCAAGAACCUACCCGCUGUGGCUGAAGUGCGAGCGGGAGGGCGAAUUCGGCCAGAACGAGAGACUCUGCACGGUCGCAGGUUCGCGCUGCGGACGCUCGGGGACCGAGAGGAGGACGGCGGGGACGGGCGCGGCGGCGAGCUGCUGUUCCGGGCCGUCGUCGUGGAGCCCCCCACGUACAGGUACGACAACGUGA